CUAAUAAUUACGAUCUUCGUCUUUUGAUUCUCCCUCGUUGAUUCCUCUGAUCCUCCACCACCAGGGUCCACUAUGCGACUGACCUUCUCUACCUUCGACCUCCACAUCAGAAGACAUCCGACGUGAGCAUCAGUCGAUCGCAGGAAUCAUGGUCGUCUAUUGCACAUACUGUGCCCAUCCUUUCACAAGAGAUGAGCAUCUCGAACGUCACAUCCUCACUCAUACCAACGUAAAACCUUUCAAAUGCCUAACAUGUCAUAUGUCUUUCGCUCGAAGAGAUCUGUUGCAGAGACACUAUACAGUGCACGGUAAAGAUGCCAACAACCAAGACAUCAUCCCGGCUGCGAAUGGCAUGAUACCUAGAUCAGCCGGUCGGACACCCAUUGCGUGCAGCAAUUGCGCCAAGACCAAGACCAAGUGUGAUAAGAAGUUCCCCUGCUCGAGAUGCUCAGCUCGGAACCUGAAGUGUACGCUGCGACCAACGCGGCGUGUGACGAAAAGCGCAAGCAGAUCAGGCAUCGUCGUUGAGGCAGACUCGACGGCCUCGGAAGGUGCACCGCUGAUGGUCGAAGGAAGCGGUAGCGGAAAGGAGCCGUCGGCAAGCAAUCGAAGCCCUCCUCAACAAGAAUCGCAAAUAGAAACGGCGCUGCCACCGUCAUCUGCUUCCGGGCUCAUCAGUCCAAACAGCAUGUCGCCCAAUAGCGAGGAGCAACGUCCUUCGACAGCAGUGGACGCAUCUCUUCCAAGUACUGACAGACCAAUGUCACCCGCGGACAUCACACCAGUACAGCCCUUCUCCUCACCAUCACAGUGUCUCGUCGACAGCAGCAUGGUAGGCGAUACACCAGGCGCCAGCCUUGCCGAAAUUGUUCAGAUCAGCAACAAUGUCUCCGCGACACCAAAUCCCAACUUCAUGCUCGACUGGAAUCAAUUGCAAAUGCCAUCAUCUUACAAUGAGCUCAUGCAACCUCCAAUGUUGUUGAACCAAGACAUGAACUUUAUUCCGGAUACAUUGACAUUGCCGCGACAUCACGAGAGCUUAAUGGCGAUGAUGCCAAACCUGCACAAUGGCAUGCAACCGCUUCAGCUCAACACGCCCAUUGAGACCCCAAGGUUGCAGCCAUUGAUGCCCGGAAGUGCUAUGAGCACACCCUUCUUCCAGAACCAUCCCAUCUCUUCUAUGCAACCUUUCAAUUCAUUGCCGGCUCCAGUCAAUGACAUUUCCACUGAUAUCUCAGCACAAGAUGCGUGGCCGGCGUUCCGCUGCAUGCCAGUCGUCCCGUCCACCGCGUGCCCUCGAACGGCACGUCGAAACCUAGAACUACUCGAGCGGACCCUACGCAACCACGAAGGCUGGGUCCGAUGGAGUCCGCAGUGGGAUGAAGCUGAUGUAGCCAGCAGCAAUCAACUGACAGUCAUGCAGCUGCACGAGAGUAGUCGUGACAAACUGCUUGCAAUCACGCAGACCUUCCUCCACAAAGCUCUCGACAUCCAUCGAGGUGAUCCUGGCGGAAAUCAUCACGCUCCACAGAAUGGUGCCAUCUCCAAUUUCGUUCUGCUCCCACCAGCGCGCGUUCUCGAGUAUUUCCUGCAAUCAUAUGCCAACUCUUUUGAACAAUUCUAUCCCUUGACGUCACGCGGCACGCUCGAUGCCAAUGAGCUCUUACAUUGCUACAACGACCGCGUGGCAAGUUUGCUUGUGCUCAUGAUGAUCGCUCAAGGUGCCUCAAAUGUGCCUUCCGCCGAUGCCCGAAUUCUUGCUACGGGCUUGACAGAAUCAUCCAGAUUGAGCCUCUUUGACCUCAUCGAAAAAAACUACAUUAUGUCUGGCAAUCCGCUUGUCCUCCACGCCGCCUUGCUCUUCACCGUUCAGGCGGCGUGGAGUGGUGACAAAUGGCAGAUGGACAUCUCAAUGGGUCAACGCGGCAUGUAUCUCGCGAUGCUUCGGCAUUCGGGACUGUUGGAGCUGCAUCAUAGAAUGUCGGCGCCGACGACCAAUCAAGCACCGAACACAGACUUGCUCUGGAGCGAAUGGAUUCAAGCCGAGUCUCGCAGUCGAUUGGUGUACUCCUGGCUCAUGGUAGAUCAAGAUAUCGCGUUACUUCAUGAUUGUGCACCUCUCUUCUCGGUCACGGAAUUUAAGGUUCCUAUGCCGGAUGCGGAUCGUCUAUGGCGUUCCAGAAGUGCUGCAGAAUGGUCGGCAAACUUUGAGCAGGUGCACGAGUUCGCAGGUGGUUUCUCUUCUGUCGGUUCCGACGCUCGGCCGAUGUCGCUUCUUGAACUGUAUGGUCAUUUCCUGGACAACGAGCUCAUAGCUCUUGGUAUCGAGAUGACGCCAUUACAGCUCCGCUUAUUGUUGCAUCCGCUUCAAUCCCUGGUAUGGCAGUCAGGUCAGCUACUGAGGUGCUUCAACGACCCAUUUGCCAUUCAACAUCAGGACAUGCCGCGAACGGUCAGCGCCUCUUCCACGAAAGGCCGACUUGAAGAAGCCCAGAAUCUGCUGCAACGAUGGUAUGACUUGGCUGAGCGUUACCUCAACGUGAAUGCAAUGUGUCCCAUGAUGCAGACGAACCUGGUCAUAUUUCACCUGAUCAGCUUGAACGCGGUGACAAACUUCACAGACAUCGAGCGCGUCGCUCGUCGCGAGCUCGUCGGCACAACUUACCAGGAAGUAUCUUGGUUGCAUAAACGAUGCAUUGCCGAUAUUGAAGAGGCCGUGUAUCACUGCGGCCAAAUUUUGAGACUGAUACGCUCCAUGCCGAGAAGCGUGCGGCCACCCUGGUGGGCCGGUGCCAUGUAUCGCGUCGCGCUGGUGCUCUGGGCAAAUUGCCUGAUCACUGGCGAAUUUGGCUCAUCACCGAUCGGCAGCACCAUGUUUCCCAGAUUGGGCUCGGUCUUCGCCAUCGAUUCAUUAUCAGCAGAACAUCCUCUCAUCGUACGCUACCUCACCAAGCGCGAUGGAAUCCCAUGUAUGACCAAGCGGGAUGGCUCGCAGGUCGUGAUCGAUCGGCCGCUUGUGGUGCUUCAGCACUGUGUCGAGGUCAUCGAUGAAGGAGUAACCACCAGAUUCUCUGAGGGCGUCCGGUCGAAGCUGCAACGAUUGGCGAGCGCUCAUAUGCGGUGACCUAACAAGUUCGGCGCUGAGCCUUUCCUUGAGUCAACUUGAUAGCUCGACCGGCGCA